GCUAAGAAAACGCUGUUUUUAAAGGGAAACCAAGGUUGUUGAGGUCUGUGGUGGCAUAGCAGGUGGAAGGUUGCUGCUGGUUUGCAGGGCCCUGUGGAGCAGAAGAGCUGCCAUUCCCCCUAUUUUUCCUCUCAUGUCCCCCCCUGUGUGUUUCCCUGUGUGUUAGUGACCCCGUACCCCCACCCACCCUCCACCUGACCCCUCCUGUCGUGUUGCCACUCCUGCCCGAAACCCCCCUCUCAACCCAUGCUUGGGACAAAGCCAGCUCACUGCCAGCCCAAUGACUGCCUGGAUCGUCCUGCCUGUCAGCCUGUCUGCCUUCUCCAUCACAGGAAUAUGGAUCGUGUAUGCCAUGGCUGUGAUGAAUCAUCACGUUUGUCCUGUGGAGAACUGGUCUUACAAUGUAACAUGCACAGAGGAGCUGCCGCGACCAGGCUUCCCAAAGACAUGCUGCACCAUCCAGGACAUCCCCCUCAUCAGUAAAUGUGGCUCCUUCCCUCCUGAAAGUUGCCUGUUCAGCCUCAUUGGCAACGUUGGAGCCUUCAUGGUGGUGAUGGUGUGCCUUCUGCGCUACGCCCAGGUCAUCGAGCACAGCCAUCGGUGUUGGGUGAACACCAGCGCUCUGGUGUCUGGCUGCACCAACGCCGUGGGUCUGGUAAUGGUGGGAAACUUCCAGGUUGAUCACGCCAAAUCUCUCCACUAUGUUGGUGCUGGGGUGGCAUUUCCAGCUGGGCUGCUGUUUGUGUGCCUGCAGUGUGUGCUCACAUACCGGGUGGCCAUGACCGCCCUUGACUACUGGAUGGCUCAUUUCAGAGUCGCUCUGGCACUGGUAGCCAUGAUCUCCCUCGUCCUCAGCGGCAUCUUCUUCAUCCACGAGAGCUUCGUCCUGCAGCACGCCGCCGCCAUCUGUGAGUGGGUCUUCACUGUGGACAUCCUGGUCUUCUAUGGCACCUUUACUUACGAGUUCGGCACCGUCACCAGCGAGACCAUGAUGGCCGGCCUGCAGCAGAGCCAUCACCACGGAUCCGGAGUUAUCAUCGGCCCCAGGGCGCGGGGCUCGGCGAUGGGCGGGGCAACGAAGGGUCUCAAGUCCCCGGGGGGAAGCAGCACGUCCACACAUCUCAACUGUACCCCUGAGAGCAUAGCCAUGUUGUAGCUCUGCAGCCCCACAUGUCCCUGCAGAGGGGCUUCAGGGGCUCCAUCAGGACGGAAAGACGACAGAGGCAGCAUGAGGAGGAAGACAGAAGUUCUGAUAUCUUUAACCAUCAAUCUGUAAUCUUUUUUUUUAUUCCAAACAUCGGUGACAGCCCCGACAGUCAAAGUCACCUUCUCUGCAGCGAUGUUGAAAGGAGGGCUGAAUGUGUGGAGCCAGUCUGAGCACUGGAGCCAUGAAUGUUUUUCAAGAUGGCUGUUUUCUGGGGCAGAUCUUCACUAGAGUAGAUCUUUUAUACAUGUGCAUCACAAAGUUCCCCCCCUUCCUCAGACACUCCUUCAUGAUCUACCCGACGCUUCGUGGCCCACCCGUUCUGGCCUUUUUGCUUAUCUCUGCACGGCACACUUUUUGAAUGAGAGAAAAACAUUAAAUGUUUCAGUUUGCGUAGUGAGUAGAAAAAACUUGAAUGUUUGAGAAUAGUCAACAGUUAUGUAUGUUUCCAGGCUUUAAGCACAUGGCCUUUUUAUUCAAUCAAGUAUCUAAAAAAAUCAGCCAUUUCACCUGGAUCUUUAAUUUGGUUGCACAGACGAAUUAUGAUGGUAUUUUAAAGAAAAUAUUUACACGUUUCAUGAGCCAUUCAUAGGUCACAAUCCAUUUCACUCACAUGUGAGAGCAGAAAGGCUGCAUUAAAACAUUAUUGAUCUGUUCUGGAGUAAAACCAGGGCUGACUGCAUCACAAUCACUUUGAACUGAGUCUGUGAAGUCGUUUCAUUACUGUCCAAAAAAGUCGCUCAAUCUGAUUAUUUCUCUUCACAUGUCAUGUUACCUUUAUCUUUUUAUUUAAUUCAUGCCCGGUGCAAUAAUUAACAUCAAUCACCUGAUGAUUUAAGCUCCGUGGGAGUAAAAUAUGCCUUUUUUAGUGAGUUGGAGUUGAUCACAGGGCUUAUUUUUGUUGUUUUUGUUUUUUAAAAGUGGCACCAAGAUAUUUUAAGUGGCCUAUCCUGAAACUGAAAUCUGACUCAUACACUAACAAAGUAACAGGUUGUGACUAAACACUGAUUUGAUUCCAGGCUGGACCCUUGGAAGCCUUAUUUGAGUUUUAAGAGUGUUGUUAUGUGAAGCCUUUUUAGUUAUCGGGGACGUUUUGUCUGCAGAUGCCUGCAGAGUUUGUGCCAUAAACCUCAUGGCGUUAAGUGUUACAAACUACAGAAACUUUAUUAUGAGGUUUUGUUUUAUUUCCUGCUGCCAAUUUCACUAAAAGUGAUCACUGCAGGUGCAGACUGCCACAAAUACUGCUCAAACUAAAGCUGACUAUUGCCAACUCAUUUAUGUUUUAACCAGAUGAAGUUUUUGUUUGAGUGAGAGGUAGAUCUGUCUUUUGAGAUGUUUUAACCUGUUUGAAUAACCACACACUCACAGUAUUCAGUCGUCGACGUAGAGUUGAUCCAUUUCUAACAGUCUAAACACUGGAUGCCAGCAAUACGUGUUUUUAAAAGGUCACAUCACCUACCUCUUUUAUCUUUUGUGGGUUUGAUGUUUGAGGCAAAAGCUCAACUUCCAGCUUGUUUUCCACCUCACAUUGGUUUGAAGAAAAGGAUUUAAUGUGGCGGUGUUUCAGCACUCCACAAAGAUCUGUUGGGCAGGCAGGUGGAUCUGCUCUUGUGUAAGGAGUGUAAUCAUAUGUCAGGUCACUUUUCUUUAUUUUUGUGCAAAUUCUUUAACUCCCUGUUCUUUCUGGGACUGCCGCAAUUCUUAUCUUGCCAAAAAAGACUGGAUCCACUGAAGUUUAGUUGGUUUUUCUGUCUGUCAGCAGUAGGUGUAUGAAUCAGUAUGAGUGCACUGUUUUAGCCUUAUCCCCGGUACUGUGGCGGGGGAACAGUUCCUUUUUUUUCUGUUAUUUUGUGUUCAGCUGUAGCCAAUUUCAACAAACUGUACCUACGUCACAGGAGUGACUACACCGGCAGCUUGUAAGAGCCCUUACAUCAGGGUUUGAUUUUCUCUGUGACAGCAUCGACUCCAUGAUAACAUGUUCACAGGCCAAACUUUAUGGUGUUUUCUUUUUGUUCUGUCACUUCUUUGUAUCUCUGUUGGUGGGAGAAAGGCUGCCUGAUCUGUUCACGUCUUUAACUCCAGCAUCAACAAAACAAACUUCUAUAAAAAUGUAAUCGCCUCAUUUCCUGGUUUUAAAAUUAUGUCAAAGAACGAUAAUGAAAGAGUCCCCAAAAACAA